AUGGUGCAUCCACUCAUCUACAACACACCUGAGGAGAAGAAAAAUGCAGCUCGAGUUUACAGAAGGAUGUACUAUGAAAGGAAGAAAGAGGAAAUCAGCGUCAAAAUGGCAGCCAAGUACCAAGCCAAAAAGAUGGCCAGCCAAAUCAUGGACUCUGGUGGGGCAUCUGGCAUAGAUAUUUCCAGUCCUCCACAUCAUGACUCAUCCUCCGCCUCAGGACGACACAUGCAAACUCCGCCAAAGUUAUCCUGCUUAACCAACAUUCAUGUCACGAAACUUUCACGCCCUGUAAUUUGUAAUGUCGAUGACGCUGAGGCAAGCCUACUGAUCUGUUCGAUAUUCAACACACUAUACACGCAAAUGAUUCGGGGCCCCGGGGACCAACAGAUUGUCCUUGCAAUGCUUUCAGUUCGCCUGGAAGUACUUGAGUCUAUUCAGGAAUAUGUACAGUUAUGCCAUGGGGGGAAGUCUCGUUUCUCCGCUGCAAUCACGGAGCGUCUCAGCAAUUUGUCCUAUUGA